AUGAAUUUCAAUAGAAUUUAUAACAAUUCUCGAAGUGUCAGCAAUAAUUUAAUUCGUAGUUUUUCUGUUGGAAAAUGUGAAAAUGCUGAAAUUAAAUCAAAACCUAAAACUGCUAUUUUGAUGUUAAAUAUGGGAGGACCAACUAAAGUUGAACAAGUUGGAGAUUAUUUUAAAUUAGGACCCUGGAUUGCAAAAAGAAGAACUCCAGAAGUAAUGAAAAAAUACAGUGAAAUUGGCGGAGGCUCGCCAAUUUUAAAAUGGUCAAACUUGCAGGGAGAAUUGAUGACCAAGGAAUUGGACAAAAUUUCCCCAGAAACUGGCCCGCACAAACACUAUGUCGCUUUUCGUUACGCCGAUCCGCUGACUGAUAUAACUUUGCAGCAACUAGAAGCGGACGGAAUUGAGCACACAGUAAUUUUUUCACAGUAUCCGCAAUACAGCUGCGCAACAUCUGGCUCGAGUUUUAAUGCAAUUUGGAAUUACUACAAAAAUAGGGGUUUGCCAAAAAAUAUGAAGCUAAGUAUAAUCGACCGAUGGCCGACGCACCCACUUCUAGCCCGAACAUUUGCCGAGAAAAUAACCGAGCAAUUGAAUCAAUUUGACGAAAAAGUCAAAAAAGAUGUCCUAAUUUUAUUCUCUGCACACUCGAUUCCUCUUAAAAAUCUUAACAGAGGAGAUCCUUACCCAAGCCCGUUCACCGACGAAGCAAUAAAAGGCUACGUCAAGCAAGGCAAAAAGCACUUUAUCAUCGUCCCAAUAGCCUUUGUAAAUGAGCACAUUGAAACUUUGCACGAGCUGGACAUCGAAUAUUGCGACGAGCUCGCCCACGAGCUCAAAAUUGAUAAAAUAAGACGCGCUGCUGCGCCCAAUGACCAUCCGCUGUUUAUUAAAGCCCUCGCGGAUAUUGUCAAGACACAUUUACACUCCAAAAUUCCGGUUUCUAGGAAAUUUGAAACCCGGUGUCCGCAUUGUGUUAACAAAAAUUGUUAUUCCAGCAAAAUUUGGUUUUCUGAAAAUUGUCGGCUUUAG